AUGCUUUCGCUUAAUACCAUCUGCAUUGUCUCUAUUUUGUAUAUCACAGCAGUAGCAAAACGAAUUCAAAUUGUUCUACGUCAAAACGUCACUCGAUUUUGUCCAGGGCACCGUGAAAGAACUGAUUUUACUUCAGAACAAUUCGAAUUGAUCGAUGGAAAAACAAUGAAUGUUCACUUCGAAUUGGUAUCAAUAGUAAGUGGCGCUGACCAUUUCCUAAUUACCGGACAGAAUGGAAAUACACUGAUGGUUUCAUUCCCUGGAUGCUUCCGUGUUCGACUGAAUCUUCAAUUUAAAAAGGUAAUCAGGAAUCCAUACAUUGAAUCUUUCAUACAACUUGGAACAAACAUACCAUGCAAGGCGGAUGAAUACGAAAUAAACAGUGAUGUCCACAGAAUUUGCACGAAUAUUUCACAAGACAACUGGUGUCCUCCUAGUGCCAAUCAGAAGCUACAGUCAAUGCUUACGGAAAAAUCUACAUGCAGAUUUUGCAACUUGUGCCCAUCACUGAAGUCAAAUGAUGAAAAUACUGAAAGCUAUAUUACGAAUGAAGAAACCGAUGAAUGUGAUUCAGCGAAGUUAUUGAGAACUUUUAGCUUCAAAAUUUGUACACCACCACUUCAACAGCUUCGAGGAAAAGAUGAACUUAAUGGAAAAUUAGAGGAGUAUUGGAGCUACUUAAAACAGGGUGUAAUCACAGCAGUAGUCCAUAUUCUGGACCGCCCCAAUUUAGAAGAAACUAGACUGAAACACUGUGAACGCUUAUGCAUGAUUCACGAAAAUCGUCCCACCAUAUCUGAAUCAUACCAGAAAACUUUACUGCGGUCUAUUCAAACCUUCUGUGUUCCAAACGAUUCUUACGCUGCUUGCAUCUACCACACAAUGAAAUUCAAUGUUAUCGACAACUAA